AUGCUGCAAAUCCAUGUCGAUCCGUCCGGCGCCGAUGCGACGGCGGUGCAGGCCACCACGGAGGGAGCCAAAGAAGCUGAAGCGUCAGCCACCACAUCACACGUUCUAUCUCCAGCCCUGCUUGUCGAACCUCUAGCUAGAGAGCCACCCGCGCCCGAAUCUGAAGGGCAACAGUUCCCAGCGCUUUCCGUAUCCCAGACUCUCUGGAACGCCGCGUACGGCAGCCUCGAGGAGGACGCAGACACCGCAGAACUUGUCAGGUCAUACGUGAAAAUCCUGAUGAUAGCGUCGGACAUCGAUUGUAGCACCGACCUAUCGGCCGAAAUUAAAGACCCGAUCCAGCGACAGGUACACAUGAGCGAGCUGUUGGGGAAAGGUCAGGCGAAUAUUUCUACGCCGUCGAAGAUUACCAAGGGAGUCGGCGAUGUAGCCCAGUUUAUUCUCUCGGCGAAGCCAAUUAUCGAUGCAGCUAUCCAGAACAUUCCGCAGGCUGCGCUUCCCUGGGCUGGUGUUUGUGUCGCAUUGCAGGCAAAUCCUCCUGAAUCCUGCGAAAGAAGAUCUAACCUUGCCGGCAUCAUACACGUCGUCUCCGGAAUAGAUUGGUAUUGCGCCCUGUCCGAACAUCUCUUGAAAAAGGAUCACGUCGACGAGUCUCUUGAGUGGAUCCCGCCCCUGCUGCAAGCGAGGGUUAUCGCGCUCUACAAGGCUCUCCUCCUAUACCAGAUAAAAAGUGUCUGCUCCUACUACCGACACCAGGGUGUCGUCUUUCUCCGCGCCCUUGUGAAUUGGGACCAUUGGGACAGCUGCUUGGACGCUGGCCAGGACGCGGAAAAAUUCCUUAACGACUGGGGCCAGUUCGAUGAAAUCAAAGCGGGGAGCCUUCGGCGCGAACUCCCCGAGCGUGCCAAACAAAUGGCGGAGCUACUGGAAGCCAUCGGUCAAGACAUUCGAGACUUUAUCGCGCUGCAGAAGGAGAUGCGGAGGGACGACUAGGACGUAGAAUGCCUCCGAAGCCUCUUCGCGGUGGAUCCGCAAGAUGAUAUGAAGAAGAUUGAGCAGAAUAAGGAUGCGCUUUUGGAUGGGGCCUAUAAGUGCAUCCUCGAUACAGAGGUAUACGCAGCAUUCACGAGUUGGAGCGAAAAUGGCUCUGCCCUUCCGUCGUGUCGCCUGCUGUGGGUUAAGGGUCAUGCUGGAACCGGGAAGACGAUGCUCAUAAUGGGCAUUAUUCGCGAACUCUCGAGUCGAUCCGCCAAGCUUGCACCCUGCGUGUCACACUUUUUCUGUCAGGGCACAGACACGGCCUUGAACAGCGCAACGGCCACCCUAAGGUCUCUGAUCUGGUUGCUGCUUGUUCAGCAACCGCAUCUUAUCUCCCACCUACGAUCGAAGCAUAAGAACGCAGGUUCUUCUCUUUUCCAAGGCGACACUACAUUUAUUGCUCUGUCUAAUGCCUUCGAGAGCAUGCUGAAAGACCCUGACUUAUCC